UAGUUGUCCAUCUUCUGACCAGAUCAUUUGUCUUAAACAUAAACAGGACUUGUUCAAGUGUCAGAUAUUUCGAGAAGAAGAAGAAGAGAUGGAGAGGGAGCCGACAAGAGUGAUGGUGGCUGUGAAUGAAUCGACGAUCAAAGGGAAGCCCCACCCUUCGAUAAGCAGCAAAAGAGCUUUCGAAUGGACUCUGGAGAAGAUGAUCCGAUCCAACACAUCCGAUUUCAAGAUUCUCUUGCUCCAUGUACAUGUGGUCGACGAAGACGGUUUUGAUGAGGUUAGUUGCGAGGCAUGGAUCAAGAAAGGUGAUCCCAAGGAUGUGAUCUGCCAAGAAGUCAGCCGGGUCCGACCAGAUCUUCUUGUUUUGGGAAGCCGUGGUCUUGGCCGCUUCCAAAAGGUCUUUGUUGGGACCGUGAGUGGGUUCUGUGUGAAACAUGCUGAGUGUCCAGUCCUCACGAUCAAACGCAACGCCGAUGAAACUCCCAGUGAUCUCGCUGAUGACUAAACCAACUACAUUCUAAACGUUCAUUCCUUCCAAAAUGAUAAAUAAACUCUUCAUUGAUCCUAUCCCAUUGUGUGUUUUUGUGUGUCCAAGUUUAUGAUUAAUAAUAUUUGUAUGUGUGUGAAGUCUGCUAUGUUUCUGUUGUCAGUGAUACUGAUAAUGCAACUAAACUUUCAAUUUCUUUUAAUCAUUUCUAAAUUGAAUAAAAAGGUGUUAUAUAUA